UUUCAGAACAAUUUGGAGCUUUAUGCCGACGAAUCAAAAUGGCUUUCCAACCAGACCAACACGAAUUAGAGCAGGUAAUUCAACUCUUACAACACGCUCACUCCACAGACAGAGAUGUUCAACGUAAUGUUCAAGUGCAAUUGGUACAGCUCAAUGAGCAUCAGAAGUUCUGUUGUUAUCUGGUUUACAUACUGAGCGACAUGAAGGAGAUGAUUGACGCGACGAGUCGAUCGCUGGCCGGCUUGUUGCUUAAAAAUAAUAUUCGAGCAAAAUGGAAUAAGUAUCCGCAGGACGUGAAGUUUUUCGUCAGGACAACAUGUUUGAAAAGUAUAGGCGAUCAAGAGCCACUGAUUCGUGCGACAGUAGGUAUCAUUGUCACGACUAUCGUUAUGGAGGAGAAUAUGUGCGAUUGGCCGGACCUUCUAGACACUCUGGCCACAGUUCUGAUGCAACCCGACGAGCUGAUGCAAGAAGGCGCUCUUGGAGCACUUCAGAAGGUUUUCGAAGACUCGGCGGAUCGGUAUGAGUCGGAAUUUCUUCGGCCAAUCAUGCCGAAGCUUCUUGUUUUCUAUGAGCAUCAUGCUGCGAAGAUGCGGGCUCUUGCAAUGAAUUGUGUGAAUUGCAUUCUAAUGGUUAAUAAUGAUCCAAUUGAUUUUGCAAUAGAUCAAUUUCUUACUUCGCUUUUCGCUCGCCACAAUGACAAUGAUGAGGAGGUGCAAAAACAGUUAUGUAGAUCGCUGACGCUUCUGCUGGACACACACAUCGAGAAAAUGAUGCCUCAUUUGCCGAAUGUCAUAGAAUAUAUUAUUAAGAAGACUCAAGAUCACAACGAGUCGAUUGCCUUAGAGGCCUGCGAGUUUUGGCUUUCAAUUGCUGAGAAUAGUGAUAUUUGCCGAACAAUGGUGCUUCCACAUCUCGAUAAGCUCAUACCAGUUCUGCUUGGCUCCAUGCGAUAUUCUGAGACAGAUCCUGCGUUGAAAGCUAAUGAUGAAGAUAGUUCGGUUCCUGAUAGAGAGGAGGAUAUCAAGCCUAGGUUUCAUAAGUCGAAGCAGCAUGGUCUUGGUGGCCUUGUGGAGUCGGAUGAUGAGGAAGACGAGGACGAUGAUGACGAUGGUGGUGGCGACUGGAAUAUCAGAAGGUGUUCAGCAGCAUCUUUAGAUGUUCUGGCUUCUAUUUUUGGAAAGGAUCUGUUGGAUAAGCUCUUCCCCCUCCUCAAGGACACAUUGAUGAAUGACAACUGGCUGGUCAAAGAGUCUGGAAUACUUGCGCUCGGGGCAAUCGCGGAGGGAUGCAUGGACGGCGUUGUGCCACACCUUGGCGAGCUCAUACCAUUCAUGCUGGCUAUGAUGUUUGACAAGAAGCCACUCGUUCGAUCGAUCACGUGCUGGACGCUGUCCAGAUAUAGUUCGCAUAUUGCAUCCGACGAGAACUUCAGGCAACAGUUUUUCAAGGAUGUGCUCGCCAAUCUUCUCCGCUGUUCGCUCGACGGAAACAAGAAAGUUCAAGAAGCUGCAUGCUCUGCGUUCGCAACUCUCGAAGAAGAAGCUGGCGAGCAGCUCAUUCCAUUCCUUGGCGAGAUCCUCGAUCAACUGGUCAAGGCGUUCCAGUGCUAUCAGGCAAAGAAUCUUCUGAUUUUGUACGAUGCCAUCGGAACACUAGCGAAUUCUGUGGGCGACGCGUUAAGUCAUCCGGUUUAUGUGCAAAUGCUCAUGCCGCCGUUGAUGGAGAAGUGGGAGCGGUUGAGUGACGAGGACAAGGAGUUGUUCCCACUUUUGGAAUGUAUUUCUGCAAUUGUUUCAGCAAUGGGACAAUCCUUCCUUCCAUACAUUCAACCGGUAUUCACAAGGUGCUGUAGUCUCAUCGAAAAGUGUGUUCAACAAAACCAACAACACAUUAUGGCUCCGGAUCAAGUAGAAGCUCCCGAAACGGACUUUAUCAUUGUGGCGCUUGAUCUCCUCUCGGGACUCGCUGAGUCGUUACCGGAACAUAUGGAUCCCUUGGUGGCAAACAGCAAGCUGGUCGAGUUGAUGUUGUUCUGCUCGUUAGAUGUGACGCCAGACGUCAGACAAUCGUGCUUCGCGUUACUCGGAGAUUUGACGAAAGCGUGUCCAGAACGAGUGCUCCCACAGAGUAAAAUCUUACAAUUUGCAGGCAAUUUCAUAUUUUUUCUCGCCCAAAACCUGGAUCCCUCCAAGAUCAGUGUGUGCAACAAUGCGAUUUGGGCGCUCGGAGAGUUGGCGCUGAAAAUGGGUCCCGCAAUGAAACAGUUCAUCGGGCCCAUCAUUGAACCUCUGAUUGUUGUCAUCAAUAGCCAGCAGAAUAUGCAGCGGACGUUGUUGGAGAAUACUGCCAUCACAAUCGGCCGUCUCGGACAAUGUUGCGGUGAAGAGCUGGCUCCCCAUAUCAGCCGAUUCGUUCGCCCUUGCUGCUACUCACUUCGAAAUAUUAAGGAUAACGCGGAAAAAGAGAGCGCGUUCAUCGGUUUAUGCAAUAUGAUCAACAUGAAUCCCGUCGGAGUUCUCAAUGAUUUCAUCUUUUGGUGUGACGCUAUCGCUUCGUGGACAGUACCGACCGACUCACUUCGGGUUCUUUUUGCCGGGAUUCUUCAAUCAUUCAAACAACAAGUCGGCGAUUUCAACUGGAACAACUUCAUUCUACAACUUCCACCGCCGUUGCGUGAACGUCUCUCUGCUUUCUAUCAGAUUUAGGGAAAAACGAGUAUCUAGAUAUGCAAUUUUCUCUUUGAAUCUAACUAGAAAUGGCUUUACGACCGGAUACUACUAACCUGGCCGGUUUCUAAUUUCAUUCGGGGCAAAUUUCUAUAUUUUCCUUGAAUUUUAUACAAAAAAUUUCCCAAUAUGUGUGUGUCUUCGUUGUUGUGCUGUUCUCUGUUAUUACGACCUCCUUCCCAAUUUUCGAUUUAACAUUAAUUUGUAUGUGUUGUUUUUGUGAUGAUGCUCAAUGUUCCUCGCCCCAUCUUUUCACCUCUUUUUAACGUGUAAUGCCCGAUUUUUUUGAAACUUUUACCAAAUCUUCCCUUUUCAAAAAAAUCCUGAAGUAGUCCAAUUUUCAGUUUGAUCUAUAUUGUCCGUUCCUUUUCUCACAUUCACCCCAUCACUUUCCUGUCCGUUGUUGUGUCCUUUGUCUGUGUGUAUGUCUACCGAUUAUCAGUUUCAUUUUCUAUCCUUCAUUUUUUAAUGAUUCAUGGUUUAUUAUAAAUUUUUGUAACCACAAAAAA